AUGCUUUUUAUGAUGAAAGCAAUUUCAACCAUCAAAGGAGAGAAUUUCGUUAAUAAAACAUCGGGCGCACACCCCUGCGCCGCGUGUCGGGGGGCGGCGGCGGGGGUGCGGGGCGAGGCUAGGAAUGCAGCCUCUUGUUCGUUUUGGGGAGCGUCUGCGCAGGUAGGCGCGCCGCAGCCUCCCCCCCUCCGCCACCCGCCCGUUGCUAGGCGAUACAGGACGAAACCGAAACAGACACGGAGGCACUCGAAAAUAGAAAAAAGCAUAAUGGAAGUCCGCGGCGUAUCCAGCAAAACUUACGAUGAAGCC